AUGGCUUUCUGUUUAUUUUUCUCCUUAGAACCAGUGGAAGAAUCUCUGCUGGAAAAAUAUGGCUUCCCUGAAGCUGGAACAGAGACCAGAUGUUACACAAAUCAUGCACUGUCUUAUGACCAGGCAAAACGGGUGCCUAGAUGGGUGAUUGAACAUAUCUCGAAACAGAAGACACUGGGCAAUGCAGACCGAAGGCACUGUAAAUUCAAACCAGAUCCUAACAUCCCUCUAAUGUUUAGUGCUGUCAAUGAAGACUACCUUGGGAGUGGAUGGUCACGAGGACACAUGGCACCAGCGGGAGAUAACAAAUUUUCAACAAGAGCUAUGGCUGAAACGUUUUAUCUGUCUAACAUCGUACCUCAGAAUUAUGAAAAUAAUGCUGGAUUUUGGAACAGAAUGGAAAUGUAUUGUCGGGAAUUGACUGAGAGAUUUGAGGAUGUUUGGGUAGUUUCUGGACCUCUGACCUUGCCUCAAACAAAUGAUGAUGGAAAGAAGAGUGUUACUUACCAGGUAAUCGGAAAGGAUGAUGUAGCUGUGCCAUCCCACCUGUACAAGGUGGUCCUUGCCAGACGGAGCAGAACGUCUACAGAGCCCUUGGUACUGGGGGCUUUUGUGGUGCCAAAUGAUCCCAUAGGCUUCAGUCACCAGCUGUCUGAGUUCCAAGUAAAUAUUGAAGAUCUGGAAAAAAUGUCAGGUUUAGUUUUCUUCCCCCAGGUGGACAAAAUCAAAGAUGUUAAAAAUAUCUGUGAAGUUGAUACCUGUAAACUGAUGGGCUUCAAGGAGUUUACAUUAUACAUCACUGCUCGAAAAGUGCAGAGUGCCCGUACGUUGCACCAACUGGAGAAGGCCAUGUCAGAGUUAAGGGAGGCAGGAAUCGAGCCUGAUGAAUAUCUUCUAAAGCUUCACAAGAAGAAAGAAGAGCUACUGCAGGAAAAACAAGUAGCAGCUAGAGAGGCAAAAGCUGGCUGAGUACUUGUUCAAGAAGAUGUUUGGGGGUUUGUAUGUUGAAAGUGGAGCUGAAAGCAAAUACAAAGCAAGGCCUCUAUGAAUUAUCCUUUUUUUUGAAUUGUGAAAACAAUAAAGAAACAUUUGGAAGCUGAUGGGUUUGGAAUAACAUUCAUUCACGUGUAACAUGAUGCACACACAUGGUUUGCUGCAGUACUUAGAUGUGGGAAAUGAAAAUGACCCCUUUCUGGCAUGAAUAGAUUACUGGAACUCCAGAAAAGGCUUUGUGCUAUUUUCUAAGUGAGAUGUCAGACUUGGGGUUUGAAUGGAAUCCCUUCUAGGAAUAUUAUAAAAAUAGACGAAUAGACACCUUGGGAGUAUAACUGGAACAUGUUUAAAUGUAAUUCCGCCUCCAAAUGUCUUUCAGGAUGAUGCUGUAGAAGAAAUGGUACUUUCUGGGAUUAAAAAAAAUUAAUUUAGAAAUAUUUCAUUUAACACUCUUUUAUUAGAGACCUGUAAAACAUAAUCUGAAUCCCUUACAGUCUUUACAUAGUUGUGUUAACCAAACCAGAUUGUCUCCUACCUCUCCUGACCUUGUGUGCUUUGGAUGCUUCAGCAUGUCAGUUGUUGUCAUUUGCAACGGCCUUCUUCCAUUCAUACAGAAUUCUGCAAUUUAAAAAAAAAAAAAAAAAGCAGCAGAGUUUGCACAAGUUCCUACCAGUGUUGAUUGAGUUUUCAUAAAUAAAUGUAAGCUUAAUAUUUCACUUUCACCCCUAAGUUUGGAUAAAUGUGUUAGAUAUUGUUUGAUUUGAGAGGUGAGCACUGCUUGCUUUUUGUUUGUAGUAGUCAGUCACUGUUUUUUUGUCCAGUGUCAGUCUUUGGUCUAUAAACUUCUCAACUUCUAUGUGAAAGCAGAAAUUGACUAAAAAUGCAUUUCCAGUUCUGUUUCAGCACCAGCUGAAGUUGUUCAGAUUUGCAUCUGCUUGGGAGAUUUAAUGAAAUUAUUUUUCUUCAUUAGUUUUGUACUUUAUUUGUGUAUACGUCCUGAAUUUCAGACAUAA